CAACAAAACACAGCAGCGUUAGCUUGCUGCUGGAGUAAAGGCUUGUGUUACACAAUUCUAGAGGAAGGGGUCGAUGUCAGUAGGGAUAUUCAUUAGUUAAUAGUUAAUCGUUAUUUACCUGAUGGGAGUAUGGCAGUUUAAUUUAAAUGAUAUACAACUACCUUGAAUGAAGGUUGUAUGUCAAAGAAAAAUACUGUAAAUAUUAAGCAAGGGCGGUUGCUAUAUUCCGCUAACGAUAAUUCUCUUGCGAGGUAACGGUGGCUAGCCCUGAUGUAUAGUUAGCUGUCGAUGCCCUGUCUAUAAGCUUGGAACUUCUGCUAGCUCACUUCAAAUGAUGAUGCUUUUCGUCAAGCGGUGACUCGAGGAGUUUUAACAACGAACCCUCCUUGAUGUCCAGCGUGGUGAGCAUCUGCUUUUGGUGUCAAGACUACAUUGGCAUCAAGUCAAGGACUAAAUGAACCAGGAGGGCAAAACUAGGGUUUUGGAGAAUUCAACAUGAAGUUGUAUGUGUUCCAGGUCAACAAUGGAAGCACACUUACUUUUGAUACUGAACUUGCCGUCCAAACGGUGGCAGACCUCAAACAUGCCAUCCAGGUCAAGUACAAGAUUGCGACGCAGCACCAGGUUCUGGUGGUUAAUGGAGGGGAGUGCAUGAUUGCGGAUCGACGAGUCUGCAGCUACAGUGCAGGCACUGAUACAAACCCAAUCUUCCUGUUCAACAAGGAGAUGAUUUUGUGUGACCGUGCCCCCACCAUCCCCAAGACCACCUUCUCCAUAGAGAAUGAGAUGGAGCUGAAGGUGGAGGAGUCCCUCAUGAUGCCAGCAGUCUUUCACACCGUUGCCUCACGAACACAACUCGCAGUGGAAAUGUACGAAGUUGCCAAGAAGCUUUGCUCCUUCUGUGAACGGCUGGUCCAUGAUGAGCAUCUGCAACACCAGGGCUGGGCUGCCAUCAUGGCCAACCUGGACGACUGCACGCUGUCUUAUCAAAAGCUCCUCUUGAAGUUUGAUACGGCUUACAUGAACUAUCAACAAAACUUUGAGGAUAUCAAAAUAAAACUUACCAAACUGGGAACAGCUGUAUCAGUUAUGGCCAAGAUUCCCCUGCUGGAGUGCUUGACCCGCCACAGCUACCGCGAGAGCCUGGAGAAGUCCAGCUCGCCCACGCAGAGGCCUGGCGAUGAGGAAGAGGACGACGAAGAGGAGCCCUCGGCCCAGUCGGUCACCCCCUGCACUGCAGAGGCGCCGCUGAGGACUUCUUCCGCCUCUGGUGGUGGAACUGCUCCCACUCAGGCGGCUGAUGCUCCCCGCGGCGACGGCAAGAUGACGGACAGUAGCGAGCUGAAGGCAGCGCUGCAGGAGGCGGACUCGCCCGAGAAGGUGCUCGCCGCCGCCUUCAACGUCACCCUACUGGACUGGAUCAACGUCCAGGACCGGCCCAAUGACGUAGAGUCUGUGGUGCGGAAGUGCUUUGACUCCAUCAACAGGUUGGACCCACGUAUCAUUCAGCCAUUCUUAGGAGAUUGCCGGGAUACGAUUGCCAAAUUGGAUAAUCAGAACAUGAAGGCCAUCAAGGGGCUUGAGGACCGACUGUACGCCCUUGACCAAAUGAUUGCAAGCUGUAAGAAGUUAGUGAAUGAACAGAAGGAACUUGCUCAGGGAUUUCUGGCCAAUCAGAAGAGGGCUGAAAACCUGAAGGACACCUCUGUGCUGCCUGACCUGUGUCUGAGUCAUGCAAACCAGCUUAUGAUUAUGCUCACCAACCACAGGAAGCUGCUCGAUAUCAAACAGAAGUGCACCACUGCCAAACAGGAACUCGCAAACAACCUACAAGUUCGUCUCAAAUGGUGCUGCUAUGUGAUGCUGCACGCGGACCAGGACGGGGAGAAGCUGCAGGCGCUGCUGCGGCUGCUGACGGAGCUGCUGGAGAGGGUGCGCGUGGUGGACGCCCUCAGCACCGUGCCCCAGAUGUACUGCCUGGCCGUCGUGGAGGUGGUCAGGAGGAAGAUGUUCAUCAGACACUACAGAGCGUGGGCCAAUGCACUUGUGAAGGAUGGGAAACGACUAUAUGAAGCUGAAAAGGUCAAAAGGGAAACCUUUGGAAAGUUAUUCAGGAAGUCAUUCCUAAGAAAUCGUUUGUUUCGAGGGCUGGACUCAUGGCCUCCUUUGUCAUUUUGCACUCGAAAGCCUCGCAAGUUUGACUUUGAGCUUCCUGACAUCUGUCUUGAGGACCUGCAGUAUCUAAAGACUUGCUGUCCUAAUGAGGUUCAGCCUUUCCUCAGGGUUCCUACGCUGUGUGACUUUGAGCCUUUGCAUCAGCAUGUUGAGAAGCUUCAUCUGUUGGUCCAGGCUGCACAAAGUCUAGAUGAGAUGUCUCAAACCAUCACUGACUUACUAAGCGAACAAAAGGCUUUCUCUAGUCAGAGGUCGUCUUCAUUUGUACCCCGAUCGGAAAGCACAACAGGGACCACGCCUACCUCCUCCAAAACACUAUCCACCCUCAGCAUCCAGACCCCCGCCCUACCCGUCCCCGUGCCCUUGGAGGACCUGUCCCCCGACAGCAUAGACGCCCACACGUUUGACUUUGAAACCAUUGGGCACCCCAACAUGGAACCCGUGCUGCAGCAGGGAUCGCUGGACCUGGACUCACUGGCCGAGAGCCCCGAGUCGGACUUCAUGUCUGCCGUCAACGAGUUCGUGAUCGAGGAGAAUGUAACGUCGCCCAACCCCAUCAGUGAUCCCACCAGCCCCGAGAUGAUGGUGGAGUCGCUCUACUCGUCCGUCAUCAACGCCAUCGACAGCAAGCGCAUCCAGGACACGACGCGGCUCGAGCGGGAGAAUUCGCGGAUCGCAGCGUUGCGGCUGUGCGCCGACCGCUACCGAGCCGCGGCGGAGGAGUCCCAGAGCAACCUGCGCAGCGUCCGGGACGACCUGCAACACUUCCGCGGCAUGGUGGCUCGCGAGCAGAGGGACUUCGGCUCCAUCCUCAAGACCAUGACGGUGGAGGUGCACGAGGUCGUCACCCGGCUCCAGGUGUGCCACGCGGAGGAGGUCCGCGAGAGCCACCAGCAGGAGGUGGAGACGCUGAAGCGAGAUCAUGAGCAGCAAGUGGUCUCGCUCACGGAGGAGCUGGAGGCCAACCGCGGCAUCGUGCGCGACGUCCAGAGGGCCAUGCUGGACCUGGAGGGCCUGAUGGAGCGCAAGGAGAAGGAGAUCGCCCAGCUGGAGUCCGACCGAGAGCGGGCGACGGAGGUGCUGUGCAGCUCCCAGCAGCAGGCCCUCCGUGACCUGGAGAGCAAGAUCGCAGAGCAGGCCGAGCAGAUCAAAGCCUCGCAGGCCUCCCGAGACGAGCUGGCCGGCCAGCUGCAGAGUCUGCAGAAGGAGCUGGAGGGCGCGCGGGAGAACGUGCGCCAGGAGAUGGGGGAGGUGGAGAGGGACCACCUGCGGGAGCUGGAGGUGAGCCUGGCCCGGCAGCACGGCUCCAAGCUGGAGGAGGAGCGGCGGGAGCACCAGGGUGCGCUGGAGAAGCAGGCCCAGGAGCACCAGGCCGCGCUGCAGAGCCAGCAGGAGCAGCACGGCCAGCAGCUGAAGGACCGCGAGGGCCGGCUGCAGGAGCUGGAGGCCCGGGUGUCGGAGCUGGCGGACGCCCGCUGCAAGCUUGAGGUGGAGAUGGCGCUCAAGGAGUCGGAGACGGAGGAGGUGCGGCUGCAGCUGGAGGAGGCCCGGGCGCAGCAGGAGGAGGAGAUGAAGGCCCGGGCGGAGGCGCAGGAGGCCGAGCUGCGGAGGGAGCUGGAGGGCGCCAGGCAGGAGCUGCAGCGGAGGAACGAGGAGCACGAGGUGGGCCUGGCCGAGCUGCGCGCGCUCCUGCGCCGCGAGAAGGACCACUGCAUCUCGGAGCUGGUGGAGCGGCACGAGGAGGAGCACGCCCUGCUGCGCUCCGAGCUGUCCGCUCUGCAGCAGCGGGCCUCGGACGCCCAGCGGGACGCGGAGGAGCGGCUGCAGGCGCUGCAGCAGGAGUGGGACGAGCAGGCGGAGCUGCUGCGCAAGGACAGCCAAGAGCAGCAGGAGAACACCAAAGAGGAGGCGCAGCGGCUGGCCACGCUGCUCAGCGACCUGCAGGCGGAGAACGCGCUCCUGGCCGAGAGGUGCGAGCAGGAGAAGCAGCUGAAGGCGGAGGAGAGGGAGGAGGCCGUCAAGGCAGCGCUCGCGGAUGCCUUAAGAGACUUUGAGCUCCAAAAAGAGGGCGCGGAGAAUAGACUGUUAGAAAAAAUACAAGUACUUGAAAACCAACUCCAAGAGAGGCAAUCCACUGACAGGGUGUCACUUUUGGAGGAGCCAGUGGAGGGCAGUAGAGAGCCGACGGGUGCGGCGGUGUCCUUGGACUCUGCGCUGCAGGAGCCGGUACAGGACAAGCUGAAGGAGGAGAACGCCGCCCUGGUGGCCAGGCUGGAGCAGCUCGAGCGACGCAAGAAUGAGGAGAUGCAGAACCUCAAGACGGCCCUCAUCGCCGAGCAGCAGACCAACUUCAACACGGUCCUGACGCGGGAGAAGCUAAAGAAAGAGCAGAUCAUCAAUGAGCUGACCGAGAAGCUUUGGAAGGUUACCCAACAGCAGGAGAAAGACAAAGGUCUGAUCGAGACGCUCUCGGAGGACCGCGCCUCCAUGCUGCAGGAGAAGAAGUACCUGGAGGAGGAGCUGAACCGGCUGCGUAGCGGAGUCCUCGUCUCCUCCGCCUUCUUCAGCCCCGUCGCAGGCUGCACCUCCUCCUCCUCCACCACCGCCACCCCUUCCAGCCAAGCUCCUGCAGAGAAUGUGGGUGCUGUUGGCGGAGAGAUGCCCCUCGGCUUCCAGGAGCCCGACACGGAGAGGCUGGCCUCAGUUGCUUGUCUACGUGAAGACGAGAGGGUGGACCCUGCCGUGGAGGCUAGCAUGAUGGCUGCAAAUGAUAACACUUUGCUCAUGUCUGAAGAGAAGCAGCGAAUACUCAUUUUAGAGCGGACCCUACACAUGAAGGAGGAGGAGAACAAGCGUUUGAGUCAGAGACUGAUGUCUCAGAGCAUGUCUUCUGUGUCUUCAAGACAUUCAGAGAAGAUCGCUAUUCGAGAUUUCCAGGUUGGGGACUUGGUGCUGAUUAUUUUGGACGAGCGUCAUGACAAUUACGUCCUCUUCACCGUUGGCCCAACCCUCUACUUCCUUCACUCAGAGUCCCUUAGUGCACUGGACCUCAAACCAGCAAUGGGCGCCUCUAGAAGACCUUGGGUUCUUGGGAAAGUCAUGGAGAAGGAAUACUGUCAAGCAAAGAAGGCUCAGAACAGGUUCAAAGUUCCUCUUGGCACCAAAUUCUACAGAGUGAAAGCAGUGCCAUGGAACAAGAAAGUGUAGUAUCACUAAAGUUGUGAAAUAUUGUAUAUGUUGAUAUUGCCUACAUAUAAAACAAAAACAGUCUUGCAUCAUUUAUGAUUCUCAUCAGCGAAGGAGAUAAAAAAAGAGAUCCGCAACCUGAACGACAUUGUCAUAAUCAUGAGAAAAUUUUGCUCUUUACGAAUCCCCAUGUUUUCCUCCUCUCUUUCUUCUUUUUUUAAGAAAAAAAAAAAAUCCGGAAGAUUUGUAAAUUGUGGACCAAAUAACUUUCUUUACUAGGGCAUGCCCUAUGCAUAUUGGCCAAAAAGCCAUCAUACAUGUCUGUAUAAUUAACGAAAAGUAUUUGGAUGUUAUAUAUUAGUUCGCAUCAUUAUUCGCAUAUGUCCAUAUUUGUGGAAAAUACUGUAUCAUAAUCAGCCUAAUAUUACUUUGUAAGGUUCUGAAAGUAUACAUUUAUUAUAAAUGUCUAUGGAGGAAUGUUCAUGGCAUGCAUAUAGAUAUUAUAUUUUCUUUAAUUUACUUAUCCUGAUCCGUGUCUUGGUGGGAAAUGUAGGUUAUAUGCUGUUUGUUACUCACAGUAUGACCCUUUGUUGAUAAUUAAAUUAAAAUUGUACUUUUUUUUCUUUUCUUUGACUGACGAGCUGCAUCAAGCAGUGGUCAACACAAUCCUUCAAAUGCACUUUCAGAAAAGAGAAAACAAACAACUAAUGCUUUUGUUUAUACAAAAGGGAAGAAAAUGUGCUGUUAAGAAGAAGGCAAAAAAAAAAACCACACACACACAAAGUGAUGAUGGCACACUACUUCCCACUAUUAGAGGACAUUGACGUGUAGAAAGGAUAUAUUUAAUGUUUGUGACUGUGUGUCAUUACUGGAUUGAACAUGCCAUUGUACAUUGCUCAUGAAAUCACACACAUAACAAAAGAGAAAAAUGACUGUAUUGUAAAAGAAUUUAGAGUUUUCAAACAAUAAAGGUUUGAUCCAAACACA